AGAUGGAGAGAUGGCUCUGCGAAUGCGGAUGAGGAUGUGGGGCUGCACAUGCAAUCGUCAAAAGACAAUGCUGAUUGCUAGCCAAGACAAAAACAAUUUAACCCAUAUUUGCUUGGUAUGCAAAACGGAAAUUACCAGCGCUAUAACGUGGAAAUAGUUCAGCACCAGAGCCAGAUACCAAUCUCCAACAGGAUUCCCUCUGUGGAGAACCCUUUAAGAUCAAAGAUAUACACCUAAUUAAUGUAGUGUACAAUUCAAUUGGAGCUUAUUAGAUUGAUUAGGGAACGGAAGAACUAGAGGCGCCUAACCUUUCCCAGGAUAGUUCCAAUUUGUUACUCAACCAGAAUGGCUGUCCGUCGGAAGAAUCGUUUACUGGCCACCGCCCUGCCUUACCUUCAGGUUUUUUCGGUAUUCGUAAGCUUUGAAAGGACCCUCGACCAGCGAUUCCGGAAGUAUCUGAUGUCUGCUUAUGUCGCCUAUGCAAUCGCCAUCCUUUUAGUGGUUUUCUACGAGUCGUAUGAGAACAUCUUAUCAAUAAACCUGGAAGUGGUGGAGUACAAUUUGGAAGAUUUUACCAAGGUAAUGGGCAAUAUCCAAAAGGCACUGCUCUCCGUCGUAGCUCUGUGCAAUCAUCUUAAUAUGCUGUUUAAUUAUCGUCGGCUUGGUGGAAUUUACGAGGAGAUUGCUAAUCUUGAGACGGAGAUCGAGGAUGCUUCGCAGUAUUUCGGAGGUCAAAAGCACCGGACUAGUUUCCGAAUGCGUUUGAAUAUAAAGAUCGGAUUGGGGCUUGUGGUAAUAAUGGUUGUCCUGCCCCGAUGUACAUAUGAGUCCAUGGGUCCAUUCUUAACCUCAACGAACAAGACUGUGACGGAAUUCAUCCUAGUGAUGCAACAGUUCAAGGCUCUGGAGUAUUGUGUGUUUGUGAUGUUGGUCCAUGAGCUGCUACUGUUGCUGCGCCACACGUUGCAGCAGUUGCAACUUGAGCUGGUCGACUGUCAAGACCGGGACAUGCUCCAGGCGCUGUGUGUCGCCUUGAAACGAAACCAAAGACUUGUGGGUCAAAUCUGGAGACUGGUGAACGAGCUUGGCAGUUACUUCUCCCUGCCCAUGAUUAUGCUUUUCCUCUACAACUGUGUGACAAUCCUCCACAUGAUUAACUGGGCCUAUAUCAACACAUUCAUUGAAAACGAUUGCUGUGAGUUUGAACGUUUUUGGGUUUGUCUUCUGCUCUUAUUGAACCUUUUAUAUACUUGCUAUUUAAGUCAGCGUUGUACAGAUACAUACAAUAGUUUUCCUCGAAUUCUCCACCAGAUACGAUGCAAUUCUAUAAACUUUUCUACUCUGACAAUGGGCCUGAAGGAGUACCUUCUGCAAAUGCAGCACUUGAAGAUCUUUUUUUCCUGCGGUGGAUUCUUCAACAUUAAUUUAAAAUACUGUGGCGGGGUGGUAAUCACAUUAAUGGGCUACAUCAUAAUACUUCUGCAGUUUAAAAUGCAGGCGAUUGCCCAGAAAAAGUAUUCCGCCGCACUAUCAUGA